AUGGAUGCUAAACAGGCUGACCUUGCUCGGGAUACGGUUCAGGUCUCCGGGGCUCAGCCCAUGACUACGGAUUAUGGGAUUAAGAUCUCGGAUCCGGACCAUUGGCUUCGCGUGGUUGAUGGGCAGCAUAAUGGGCCUUCGUUGCUAGAGGAUCCCAUUGCGAGGGAGAAGAUUAUGCGCUUCGACCACGAACGGAUUCCCGAACGAGUCGUGCAUGCCCGUGGCGCUGGAGCGUUCGGAACCUUCAAGCUCCAUAAGGCUAUCCCUGAGCUCUCCUCGGCUGGUGUUCUGACUGAUACAGCUCGCGAAACACCUGUUUUUGUGCGAUUUUCCACAGUCCAGGGUAGUCGAGGGAGCGCAGAUACCGUUCGUGAUGUUCGCGGGUUCGCUAUCAAGAUGUAUACCUCUGAAGGCAACUGGGACAUUGUUGGCAACAACAUCCCUGUCUUCUUCAUCCAAGAUGCGAUCAAAUUCCCUGAUGUCAUUCAUUCGGUCAAGCCAGAACCUCACAACGAAAUUCCGCAGGGGCAGAGCGCUCACAAUAACUUCUGGGACUUCCAAUACAUGCAUUCGGAGACCACUCAUAUGCAACAAUGGAUCAUGUCUGAUCGCGCCAUCCCUCGCUCGUACCGGAUGAUGCAAGGCUUUGGCGUCAAUACAUACUGCCUUGUCAAUGCUCAGGGCCAGCGCCACUUUGUCAAGUUUAUCUUCACCCCUGAGCUUGGUGUCCAUUCCCUGGUUUGGGACGAAGCGCUGAAGAUCGCAGGCCAGGAUCCAGACUUCCACCGGAAGGACCUGAUGGACGCCAUCGAGGCAGGCCAAUUCCCCCGGUGGAAGUUCGGGAUUCAGGUGAUCCCGGAAGAGAAGAAAAAUGACUUUGAGUUCGACAUCCAGGAUGCUACUAAGAUCUGGCCGGAGGAACUGGUACCCAUCCAGUACAUUGGACAACUAGAGCUCAACCGCAACGUGGACGAAUACUUCCCGCAGACCGAGCAGGUGGCUUUCUGCACGAGCCAUAUUGUACCCGGGAUCGAUUUCUCGGACGAUCCUCUCCUUGUCGGCCGCAAUUUCUCCUACUUCGAUACACAAAUCUCCCGUCUCGGCCCCAACUGGCAAGAAUUGCCAAUAAACCGUCCCGUGUGCCCGUAUAUGAGUCUGGCCAACCGGGACGGUGCAAUGAAACACCGCAUCACAAAGGGCAAGGUGAACUAUUGGCCCAACAGGUUUGACGCCAACCCCCCGACCUCACCAGAACAGGGUGGGUUUGCAACCUACCCUGAGAAGCAGCAGGGCGUGAAGGCUCGCGCGCUGUCGGACAAGUUUAAGGAGCAUUUCAACCAGGCCCAACUGUUCUACAACUCCCUCAGCCCUAUCGAAAAGCUGCACGUUUCCAAGGCAUUCUCGUUUGAGCUGGACCAUUGCGAUGAAGAGAUUGUAUACAAGCGCCUUUCGGAGCGUCUGGCUAUUGUUGACCUCGAGCUGGCGAAGACUGUCGCGAAGAACGUCGGAGGCGACACACCGACCAAGGCACCAAAGGACAACAAUGGCAAAACCUCGAAGGGCCUUAGCCAACUCGAGUACCUUUCCAACAGCGCUCAAAUUGCUACCCGUCGAGUUGCCAUUCUCAUCGCGGAUGGUUUCGAUCUCGACUCGUACAAGGGCAUGAAGAGCGCUCUACAGAAGCAGAAUGCGUUUGUCUUCACCAUCGGCUCGCAGCGUCAAGGUGUCACCUCCGAGUCGGGCGAAAAAGUGGUGCCAGACCACCAUUUCCCCGGCAUGCGGUCCACUCUGUUCGAUGCGACGUUCAUCCCUGGAGGAAAGCAUAUUGCUGUGUUGGCGAAGAACGGUAUUGCCAAGUUCUGGAUCACCGAAUCCUUUGCGCACCUCAAGCCCAUUGCGGGUGUCAACGAAGCCGUGGACUUUAUUCGGAAGCAAAUCAACCUCGAAGCGAUUAAGUAUGCCUCGAGUGGCCAGGUGACGGAGAGUUACGGCGUGGUGACCGCUCAUGGAACACCUUCGGAUCUGCUGCACGCGUCGUCCAAAAUUGGCCCGGAAAGUAAGGGAUUCCUUGACCAGUUCAUUUGGCAAAUUUCCCGGCACCGAAACUGGCCGCGAGAAUUGGAGGGUUUGGUGGACGAGAUCGCUGCCUAA